ACCUGUCCCUUCUUCUCGUCCUCUCUCUGCUUCCAUUCUCUCCUCCUCCUCCAUCUCCAUCUCCAUCUCCAUCUCCAUCUUCGCGCGGAGAGAGAUUGGGAUUGAGAACGAGACGAAGCUCUCGCUGUUAGUGGUAAUGGAGAAGUAGAGGCUGAGAUGGGUGCCUUGAGAUCCAGGGAACCCGGAGGGGAAAAGGUCUACCAUCUUUUUGAGGGUUUCCUUGUGAUUCCUUCAUCCUUUACCUUCCUAGAUCGGCGGGGAAUUGCUCGCUUUUGGAUUGAUUCAUUGAUUUGUGAGUAGAGCGAGUUGUCAUCAGAUCUGGGGCUUAAGUUGAGUUUUUUUGGUGUAUGGGAAGUGUUUGAAGUGAUGAGGAGGAGGAGGAGGUGGUGUUGGAUUGGCAAUGAGAAUUAGUUUUUGUUUUGAGGUGGUGGGUUGCUGGUGUUGCUGCGCUCGUUGCUUUUGUUGUUACCACGAGUACUCUGGAGGAGGAGCUCAUGGAGGGAAUGGCUCCUGCGGUUGCCUUGCCGUUUAGAGUAGGCAAUUCCCUCUGCGAGAACUCUAUGGAGAUCACCCGCCUCAAACUCAUGACUGACACUGCGAGCUUGAUGGCUGCUGAUCCUAAUCAUACUGUGGAGGAAGCUGGAGCUGUGGUUGUGGUUGCUAUGGAGGAAGGAGGGGAAGGGGAUGAUUUUGAAGUGCGGACAUUGCCUGCAAGUGAUGAUGAUGAGGUAUUGUCUGUAGGACCAGAGCCAGAGACGGAGCUGUCUGCUGGGAGCUCUGGCUCGAUUGCUAGUGAUGGUAAUAUUAACAUUGCCAGUGUCCCUGAGGAGUUGAUUUUGGAUGCUGUUUGUGAGAUUGUUGCCCCUGGUUCUCUUGAUGUUGUUCAGGGCAUUGGUGAUGUUGAGGAUAUCAUAGCUCGCCAAUCUGCUGUGGUUAAGAUGGUCACUGUAGCUGCUGGUGGUUCGUCCGCUCUCGAACUGGGAAUUCAGGGAAGCCAGAUUUGUGGUACUGGGUGUAGGAGUGUGUUUUUGAUGGACUGUGUGCCCCUUUGGGGAAUUAUAUCAAUCUGUGGGAGAAGACCAGAGAUGGAAGAUGCUGUGGUGGCAGCGCCCCGGUUCUUUGAGAUUCCUAUCCGAAUGCUAACCGCUGACCUUUCUGAGGAGGUUUUCAACCCUUUGACUGCUCAUUUCUUUGGAGUUUAUGAUGGCCAUGGUGGUGCCCAGGUUGCUAACUACUGUCGUGAGCGAAUCCAUCUGGCAUUGGUUGAAGAGUUGCGGAAUGUAAUAACUGGUUCUGGUGGCACUGCUGGAAGUGAUUGGCAGAAGAAGUGGGAGAAGGCCUUUGUAAAUUGCUUUCUCAAGGUGGAUGAUGAGAUUGGUGGGAAAGUGAGCAGAUGCAUUGUUGAAAUGGCGGCUGACACAUAUGAGGAAGGUAGCAGUCUUUCUUCUGGGGGGACAUCAGAACCUGUGGCCCCAGAGACUGUUGGGUCUACUGCAGUGGUUGCUGUUAUUUGUUCCUCUCAUAUCAUCAUUUCGAAUUGUGGAGAUUCCAGGGCAGUCCUAUGUCGUGGGAAGCUACCUGUUCCUCUGUCUGUAGAUCAUAAACCAAACAGAGAGGAUGAGUAUGCAAGAAUUGAAGCAGAGGGAGGCAAAGUCAUUCAGUGGAAUGGCUACAGAGUAUUUGGAGUCCUUGCAAUGUCAAGGUCAAUUGGGGAUCGGUACCUGAAACCUUGGAUCAUUCCUGAACCAGAAGUAACGAUUAUUCCACGGGCAAAAGAAGAUGAAUGCCUGAUUCUAGCAAGUGAUGGCUUAUGGGACGUCAUGUCCAAUGAAGAGGCAUGUGACGCAGCUCGCAGGCGAAUUUUACUAUGGCACAAAAAGAAUGGUGUCAAAUCAUCCUCCACAAGAAGCGACGGGGAAGUUGACCCUGCUGCUCAAGCAGCGGCGGAAUACCUCUCAAAACUAGCGCUUCAGAAGGGAAGCAAAGACAACAUCUCAAUCAUUGUGGUAGACUUAAAACCCCAGAGGAAGUUCAAGAGCAAAAUGGCAACUUGAUUAAUGCCCUGGGUGGAACUAGAAAACUUAAAUCCGUGUGAUAUAGAACUUAAAAAAGAAAGUUUGUCAGUCAUUUACCACCAUUGAUACAGUCCAUUUGUUUUUAUCAUUUGGGCAUCAAGGGUUGUAAGAGAUUAUAUACCAUGUAUGUAUGCUCCUAGUCCUAGAUGGUGUUAGUCUACAAUGCCUGUAAUUCACCUGUUGUUCAUUCAAUUCAGCCUGUUAGUACUAGCAUUGUAAUGUUGGCUAUUGUAGAUUAAAUACCCCGACUGGGAGGGAUCAAUGCUACCUCCUGGACAUUACCAUCCCUGUCUCUUUCAGUGUAUUUGGGUCCCCCGCCAAGUUCCAAGGCUCAGUGAGGUUCUUUUACUUCAUA